CAGUGAGUACGCCGCGGUUUUGUUUCCUAUUGUGGGAAGAGCGUGCAGCGAGCCGGAGCAGGACUCUCAUCAUAGGUACAUGUGACAGUAGUGCAGCUAUGAGUGGAAUUUUAAAGAGGAAGUUUGAAGAAGUUGAUGGCUCCUCACCCUGUUCUUCCGUGCGGGAAUCAGAUGAUGACAUCUCUAGCAGCGAAAGUGCUGAGAGUGGUGAUAGUGUCAACCCUUCCACUUCAAAUCAUUUUACCCCAUCCUCGAUUCUGAAGAGCGAGAAAAGGAAGAGGACCAAAAAUGUCCAUUUUAAUUGUGUUACGGUAUACUACUUCACCAGGAGGCAAGGCUUCACAAGCGUUCCCAGCCAAGGAGGCAGCACUUUGGGCAUGUCCACUCGUCACAACAAUGUGCGCCAAUAUACCCUGGGGGAGUUUGCCAUGGAGCAAGAACGGCUUCAUCAAGAGAUGUUAAGAGAACAUCUCAGGCAGGAAAAGCUGAACUCCUUAAAACUCAAGAUGACUAAUAAUGGCACGGUGGAAUCCGAGGAAGCGAACACUUUAACGCUGGAGGACAUUUCUGAUGAUGAUAUAGAUCUGGACAACACCGAAGUGGACGAGUACUUCUUUCUGCAACCUCUGCCAACAAAGAAACGAAGGGCGCUCCUGCGAGCCUCCGGAGUCAAGAAGAUUGAUGUGGAAGAAAAACAUGAGCUGCGAGCCAUCCGUCUUUCAAGAGAGGACUGUGGUUGCGAUUGUCGAAUCUUUUGUGACCCGGAAACUUGCACUUGCUGCCUUGCAGGCAUAAAAUGCCAGGUGGACCGUAUGUCUUUCCCAUGUGGUUGCACUAAAGAAGGAUGCAGCAAUACAGCCGGCAGAAUUGAAUUUAAUCCCAUCAGGGUUCGGACUCACUUUUUGCACACUAUAAUGAAACUUGAAUUGGAGAAAAACAGAGAGCAACAAGUUCCUGCGCUGAACGGCUGCCACGCUGAGCUCAAUGCUCACAGCAGUGCAAUGGGUCCCACCUCUCACCCCCUGGAAUUUUCAGUCCCGGAGAACUUUGAGUUAGAGACUGAACCCAGGGCUGCAGUGAUGCAUUUGCAGUCGGCAGAUGACUUGGAUUGUGCUGGGGAGGAAGAAGAGGAGGAGGAGGAGGAGGAAGAGGAGGAAGACGCAAGCAGCUUUUGUAGUGGAGUUACAGAUUCCAGCACACAGAGUUUAGCGCCCAGUGAAACAGAUGAAGAUGAGGAGGAAGAGGACGAUGAGGAGGAGGACGAUGAGGAGGAGGAAGAUGAGGAGGAGGAGGAGGAGGAAGAAAAACUAGAUGAAUGUCUUGAAGGGUUGGGUGUUCAUGCUGAUGCAGGCCAAGCCCUCCCUUCUGUCCUCUGCUAUUCAGACAGCACUGCCAUGCAUGAAAACCAGCCAAAGGCACUUUCCUAUUACCCGAGUUCCACAUCCUUGUAUUACCAAAUAGAGAAUCACAGCCCUGGCACUCCUAACCAGAUUCGGGAGACGUACUCUGAAAGAGAGACUGCUAAGAACGGGAAUCUUUCUCUGGUGCCUUAUAACCCAACUUCGGAACCGUUUGAGGACUACGCGCGGCCCUCCGAGGAAAAUUAUGGCAGCUCCCUGUAUCCAUCUUCAAACCCGUCUGUCAUCGUUUGCUGCUCUUCGUCCGAAAGCGAUAACGUUGUUCCCUGUAGCAGUUUAUAUGCUGAACAUCGGCCAAGACAUUCCCAAGUGGAUUUUCCUGCAUACUUGAAAAGUCCUUCGCAAGAUGGAUUUGUAUCUGCUUUGAAUGGUGGCGCUCGCCUCCCAGAACAUCCCACCGAGAAUUCACUCGGCCUUUCAGAAAAGAGCAGACUACACGAAGAGUGUAUCAAAUCUCCCGUCAUGGAAACAGUACCGGUUUAAAUUUAUUUUAUGACCGAAUCACUCUAGAUUUCAAAAUGCAUUCUAUUUUAAUUGGAUUUCCCUGGAAGCGUUCUUAUUUUUUUCUCUCUCAGCAGUGGAGGUAAGGGGGAAGACCUUGGUUAAUGUUUUGAUUUUAUUUUUCAUCGUUGUUUAUCGGUAAAGCUCUCUUGGCUGUGGCCAUUGCACAAAAACAGUUUGUGUAAAAAAAGUAAACUUUUAUAAAAAAAAAAAUAGAAUGGUCCUUUGAUAGAAAAUAUCCAGAUUUUAAAAUAAUCCACACAGACAUAUAUAUAAUCCACACAGAUAUAUAUAUCUGGCAUCCAACCCUAGAUAUGGAUAUAUAUAUAUAUCCACAUCCACAAGCAUACAGUUCAAAAACGGCCCACGUGUUGAUUUAUGUUGGGCUCUCUAACUUAACAACUUCUUAUUUUAUUGUCGGGCUUGUGCAAGAUAAUAAAAACAUUAUUUGGGGUUCUUUAUAUUUAGGGUAUUAAAAUAUCGCUCCUAUUUGAGGGUGAUGACUUUUUAAAUAUAAAUGUGACUGCAAACAAAAAAAAAAAAAAACCUGAAUUACUCAGUAAUGUAUUUGUUUAUUUAUUGUAGCUUAGUACUCAUAACUUGAUAAAAAAAUGAACCGUUUGCUCUUUGGAGCAGAACAGCACAAUGAGAUUUCAUUAAGGCAAAUUGCCUUUCUGAGAGUAGUACAUUUGAUCCCGAACCCUGUUCUCUGAUCUGCACUAGGGGACUAUUCGUAUUUGUAAUGUAGGAAUGCAGGGAGGACAUGCCACGUAGUCAUUUUGGUGACAUUGGUGCAGAGUUUGUGUUGCAAUUGCUCCCCUGUCCCCAUUUCAAGAAGAGGACAAUAUAUAAGAUUUUUCUAAAUCGCAGCCAAUGGCAGCUCUAUUUCUAAACAUAUGUAACGUAGGACAAUCCUUAGAUUUUCAGGGGUUGAAGAGAAGCAGCGUUAUAAGGAAAUUGGGUUGUGUUUUGUCAUUCAAUUGUCUUUCUCCAUUCUUUUCAAUCCAUAAACUAUGCUGGACAAAAGCAGAAUAUUAAAUAGGGACAAUAUCCACCCAGACUUCUUCAGAUCUUGCCGUCAUCCCCCCCCACACACACACACACAAAUCACUGGCCAUUUUUCCUUCAACCAACAUACUUUUCCUUAAUUGAAAACCCCUCACAUUUGUGAAGAACUUUCCUUGGUGGCUUGGGCCCUCUAUUAAAUAGGAGCAUUGCUGAAGCACUCAACAGCCCGAUUGGGUUUAUUAUCCGGGGAAGUCUUAUUUUCAGGGAAACAGGGUAUGGGAUUCGAUAUGGGCUUUCCGUGGGGUGUCUUCUCAUCUCCUUCAAGCUCUAGAUCUCAGUGGCAGCCCUUUAACCAUUUCCUCUCCCCUGCCUACAAUAAUAGUGUGUGAAGAGUCACAUGGGAACAUGGAAGCACAGUGCUAAUGGAAACGAUCCAGAGAUAUCAAAAGGGAAUUCCUUCAGCGGAAUGUCACAUUCCACUGCUUUUGGUGGCACUUCCUUGCAAUUAACUUUUAAUGGGCUGUGUGCUUUGUGCUCAAAGCCUCUGGCAGCUUUUGUGGAAGUAUCUUUUUGUCCUUAAACUAACACACUUUGGUGUAGCAGCUGUGAGUAAUCUUAAAGACACCACAGACUGUUGGUUCUUAAACGUUGCAUCUAUUUCUUUUUUUAAAAAAAAUAAUCCAUGGAUAAACCAUGUAAGAAUUUUCAGCAGUUCUCAGAAAGAACUUUACUCUGGAUUUUCUUUAGCCAAAUGAAAUAAUUAGGAAAAUAAUGGCAUUGUGUGGUUUGUGGAGAAAUUCUGUGAACUCUGAAAAAAAAAAGAGAAGAUACUCAGAAUCUGGAGGGAUGGAGUUUCUCAUUUGAGUGUGAUAUGACUCACAGUAAUCUUGAAAUAGGAAAGGAUUUAUGGUUGACUGGAAUCACUAGGCAUAUUUCAGCCAUUGUUCGUUCUUGUUUUAGCAAAAGCAUUGAGAUUUGCGUGUGUAUCCUUCCAGAGCUUUUCUGUCACUAGUGUAUGAAAUUCAUGUGUUUCUUCAUUGUAAUGAAUUAGGGAAAAUUGUAGGCGUGGCAAUUCUGUGGAGCUAUUAGAGCUCAAGUGUUCCCACCACCCUACCUCAUUAGGCUUUCCAAAUUAACAGAGUUGGAAGGGACCUUGUAGUCAUCUAAUCCAACCCCCUGCCCAA